AUGGCGACAUCUAAUAGGGGGCAACCCGACCGCCGCCUGCCUGUACAGCAGAUGUGCGUACUGGUAACACAGUUCUUGACUGCUGUAUCCUGGGGCCGGGCUAGCGACCGCUAUGGCAGAAAACCAAUCAUCUUGCUCUCCUUGACAUGCACCAUGAUGACUUCUCUUCUUUGGGGAUUCUCUAAUAGUCUGGGCAUGGCCAUCGCUGUACGAGCACUUGCAGGAGCUGCCAACGGCACAGUUGGUAUCAUCAGAACUGCCGUCGCGGAAAUGGUGCCUUGGAAAGAGCUUCAACCUCGUGCGUUUAGCGUAAUGCCGCUUGUCUGGAACAUCGGCAGUAUCUUUGGUCCUACGCUUGGAGGUGCUCUUGCCAAUCCAUACCAUGUCAAGCCUGGUCAGCCUUUGUCGAACAACCCUGCAUUCUUUGAGAGGUUCCCAUAUGCACUGCCGAAUAUGCUUGCCGUGAUUCUGUUUCUGAUAGUCGCUGAUUUGUAUAGGNAAACACUUGCUGCGAAGAAAGAUCGACCCGACUACGGGCUUGAAUUGNGGUUUGCAAUUAAAGUACUACACCAAGCAGACAAUCAGAAAACUUACCCGAAUGCCAAACGACCAGGAGAAUCCGGAAAGAGAGCCGCUUCUCAAGNNCCAUCGCUCGCACCUGCCUCAGGUUCUGAUGAAGAAUCUGGAGCACAGGCAGUGCCAAAGCCAGCCCUCNCCCCGCCGAGUUUCCGCGAAGUGCUCAACCGUCAGACCAUCAUCAAUCUUGUGGUCUACACUCUCCUUGCUCUUCACAACAUCGCCUUUGAUCAGCUCAUACCCAUCUUCAUGCACCACCCUGUGCAAGAUCACUCUUCUAGCAAUCCAGAUUUCCAACCUCCUCUCAAGUUUGCUGGCGGAUUUGGACUCGACUCUGGCCGUAUUGGAUUCAUCUUUUCAAUCUACGGCAUUUCUGGAAUGUUUGUGCAAUUCCUCAUCUUCCCGCCAGUCGCAAGAAAGUAUGGUGUAGUCAAAUGCUUGCGAGUUUGCGCCGUGUGCAUGCCAGUCAUCUACUUCUUUGUUCCUUUUACUGCUCUGCUGCCCGACAGGACCAGUCAAGAGGUGGCAAUCUUUGUGCUAAUGGUUGUCAAAGGAUUCUUCUCCACUUUCGCCUUUCCUUGUUCGACCAUUCUUCUUACCAAUUCUGCCAGCAGUCUCCGGAUCCUGGGUACACUGAACGGUAUUGCCACGAGUGUUGGUGCAAUCGGUCGAGCCAUUGGCCCAGCAAUCGGAGGCUCGACCUUCACGUACGGUGUUAAAAUUGGUUAUGUCAUUCUGCCAUGGUGGGUGCUGUCCUCCAUUGCCGCGUUUGCAGCCGUACCCUCUUUCUGGGUCGUAGAAGGCGAAGGCUUUGGCGGUGACACGGACAACGUGGAGGAUGACGAGGACAGCAUCAUCGAAGACGACGACCAAGAAGCAGAAUAUGGCAGUCCUGGCCCUCUACUCAGUCGCACCGAUACUAUCUCCUCGGAUGUCAUCUCGGAAGAUGAUCGCGAGUAUGAUUCUGACGAUACUGCUCGUGACAUCACACGAUCUCCACAGAUCAGGAGUAGGCGUGCAUCGGGUAGUCAUGGUCUGUCGCGCCGUCCUUCGAGAAAAAUGUCUGCUCCCAUCGGCAUGGAGAACCGCACAAUCUCGAGACGAUACAGUAGCAAUCUUGGACAGAGUUUUGGAAGUGCUGGCAGCUAUAACCCUUAG